AUGGUAUCUAUGGAUGAACAAGGGGUCAGUAGACCUGAAACCAAACCAGUGUCCAUUCUUAACAGUAAGCCAUCGGUAAUACGAAAGGACAACAGUGUCAAAAUUGGUAAUGGUAAUGCAAAUGAGGAGAAGAAAUUAGAUUCACAGCUGGAACAGGUGAAGCUAACAGACAAUCAUGAAGACAUGCGACCUAGACCAGGUGCUUCAAAGAAUUCUUCUUUUGAGAAUGGUAGUUUUAUAGCUGGAACGAGUGCUAAUGGAUCGGUGGAUUCCUCGCCGCAGAAACAAAGUGGUGGUGGCGGUGGUGGUACUUCCGCAGUGUCAUUUACGGUUUCUGAAGACCAAAAGAUUUCGCAACAUAGGUAUUCGAUAAAUUCUAAACCAGCCAAGCCGACAGAUCCAAGUUCAGGUGGCCAGGACACUGCUCUGGCGGCAAAGCAGGACCAUGACUCACCUGCAGCCGAAAAAAGUUCUAUAGUACACAUGCCAGGAGACUUUAUCUAUUUUGAUUCUCAAGCCAGUGAGAAUAAAGCUCCAACACCACGAGAGCAUCCACAACAACACCAGCAACAACAUCCUAAAAAAGAAUUAAUCGUACCUAAUUCUGGCCCUCAAGUACCAUUUACUGAAUUUUUCCAAAAGCAAGAUGAUAAAAAGUUUCACAUAUUGUUAGGGGCCACAGGAUCAGUAGCAACUAUCAAGGUUCCCCAAAUCAUUGAUAAAUUAUUUAAACUUUACACGAGAGAGAAAGUAUCCAUUCAGCUAAUUGUCACAAAACCAGCAGAACACUUUUUGAGAGGUCUGAAGAUUUCAACGGAUGUUAAAAUAUGGAGAGAAGAAGACGAAUGGUCAGGGUUUAAAAAAAUGGGUGAUCCGGUAUUACAUCAUGAGUUAAAAAGAUGGGCAGACAUUUUCCUAGUCGCACCUCUAUCCGCAAACACUUUAGCUAAGAUAGCGUACGGUAUCUGUGACAAUUUAUUAACCUGUGUUCUGAGAGAUUGGACUCCAUCUAUUCCGGUAAUGGUUGCACCUGCUAUGAACACAUUCAUGUAUAUCAAUCCGAUGACGAAGAGACAUCUAAGCAUAUUGAAGGAAGAUGCACCUUACGUGGAGGUAUUGAAACCUGUAGAAAAAGUGUUAAUUUGCGGUGAUAUCGGUAUGGGCGGUAUGAGAGAAUGGAACGAUAUAGUAGAAAUUUUACGCCGCAAGAUCUCUGAGAUAUAUAGAGCUCGAGAUGAGAAGGACGUGGCCAUGCAGGCUGAGGAAGAAGAAGAAGAAGAGGAAGAUGAGGAUGAGGAUGAUGAUGAAGAUGAAGAUGAGGAUGAACAAGGCAAAAAGAAUCUUGAGGACGAUGAAGAUGAGGAUGAAGAUGAAGAUGAAGACGAUGACGAUGACGAUGACGAUGACGAUGAAGAUGAUGAAGACGACGAUGACGAGGUCGCCCAGUAG